AUGGACCCACUAGGAGUUCCUGAUGCAGCUGAGGUAACGUAUAAGAACAACAUCACCUCAGUCAUUCUUCUAGGGUUUCCAAAUCUUCAGAAUGUUAUUCUUCCCAUGUUCUUGCUCCUGUUCAUCAUUUAUUCUGUGACCAUCUCUACAAAUAUUUGUAUCAUGAUGUUAUUUCUGCUGAGCAAAAACCUCCAGACCCCCAUGUACUUCUUCAUUACACAGCUAUCAAUAUUUGAUAUCAUAGUGACUACAGAUAUUAUCCCAAACCUGCUCCACAUCGUGCUCUUUGGCAGCUGCACUAUGUCACUUAUUGGAUGCAUUGUUCAGUUAAAUUUCUUUGCCGCCACAGAAUCCUCUGAGUGUCUCCUUCUAUCAAUUAUGUCAUAUGACCGGUAUCUUGCCAUCUGUGACCCGUUGCGCUAUAAUUCCAUAAUAAAUCACAUGUUUUGUGUGAAAUCUGCUAUUACUGUUUGGAUAGUGAGUGUUCUCCUUAUGUUAGUUAAUGCUAUAUCUAUGUGUAGUUUGCAGUUCUGUGGACCAAAUGUCAUUGACCAUUUCUAUUGUGACUUUGAACCCUUAUUGCAGCUUUCCUGUUCUGAUACCACCACAAUCCAUAUUCAGACUUUCAUAAUGUGUAUUUUAGUCAUUCUAACUCCAUUUAUAAUAAUUGUGUUGUCAUAUGUGUACAUCGUUCAUACGAUUCUCAAGAUACCAUUGUUUACUGGAAGACAGAAAGCCUUCUCCACCUGCAGCUCCCACCUGAUGGUGGUUUCCAUAUUUUACGGGACCCUAAUCAUUGUUUAUGUGUUUCCUGUAAGAAAAUUAAGCACAAUAAGCAAAGUCAUGGCUCCGUUUUAUACUGUGAUAAUUCCAUUGCUUAAUCCGAUAAUAUAUACUUUCAGAAACCAGGACUUUAAGGAAGCCUUCCAUAAAAUGAAAAUGAAACACUUUACUUCAGACAUACUACACAACCAGCUGAAGAAAACACACAUUGCUGUGACCAGCUCACAACCAACUCCUAUAAAGGGUGCUUGUCAUGAAUUACAACCUGGAGAUGAGGUUAUAAAUUCAGAGGAGGAUGAUGAGUCUCUUGAGAAAAACUUAUUUAAACUGGAAACAUUGGCAGCAAAAUGGAGAAUAAAGAUCAAUAUAGACAAAUGUAAGGUAAAGUACUUUGGUAGCAAAAACAAGAAUACUACUUGCACACUGAAUGGGGAAAAACUAGGGGAUUCUGUACUGGAAAAAGAUUUAGGUGUUCACAUAGAUAACACACUUAACAGUAGUACCCAAAGUAGGAAUGCUGCAAAAAAGGCAAACAAGGAUUUAGUUGCCACCACCAAAGUUCUGGGUUUAAACAGCUAA